GAAACCGACCUAUUUUCGCGCAGUAAUCGUUGCGAAUUUGCCUGACGGCGCAAUAUCCACAGAGAAUCUUGUUUUCCGCGAGACAGGGAAGAUGGCAGAAGCUUUACACGAAAGAACAGUGGUCGUUGCUAUGGAUGGGAGUCAUUUCGCAGCGUAUGCCUUCGAAUGGUACAUGGAGAAUGCUCACCGGAAGACGGAUCACGUGAUUUUCGUCCACACCCCUGAAUUCCAAAGCGCCUUUACUACAUCUUCAAAUCCGGAGUUUGUGGAUCCCACGAGCAACUUGGUGAUGGACAUGUAUCGAGCUGAGGAAAAGAAGGCCAGGGAACUCAUUCAGAGUCUUAGGCAGCGGCUGAAGGAUGCUGGGGUUAGCGGGAAGGUCAGAUGUGAAUCGGGCUUCCCGGGCCACGCGAUCGUGAAGGUUGCAGAGGAGGAGAAAGCGGCGUUCAUUGUAACUGGAUGUCGCGGACAGGGAACCGUCCGACGGACAUUAAUGGGUAGCGUCAGCGAUUACAUCGUCCACCACUCGCAUGUGCCAGUUGUCGUGUGCCGUCACAAAGGCCACUAUACCAAACACGACUUUCAUAGCCAUCACAAGAAGAACUGAGGAGGAGACGACAGAAUGUUUUCAACAUCGAAGCACGCACAUCGAAUUGGAAUGUUCACCGCAGGCGUUCUUGCACAGUCACCUUCACAGUCCAUCUGGAGGUCAUCCUCGAUUAUGCAGUGUAUGUCAAAAGCUUGUUUGUUGUUUAACGCCGCACUCAGCAAUAUUCCAGCUAUAUGACGGCGGUCUGUAAAUAAUCGGGUUUGGACCAGACAAUCCAGUGAUUGAUAUCAUGAGCAUCGACCCACGCUAUACU